AUGUCGCCAGCUACAAGUACAAGUCAUAAAGCGCCUUCCUUUGUUCUCCGUAACUCGUCUCCACUCAAAAGCUCUCCAAUGGCGGCAGCAGCUUCAUCCUCUAACUCCGUUUCAAAUUCCGUCUCUUCCAUCACUCCUCCUCCUUUACCAGAACAAGAACAACAGGGUAUUUCGAGUGUAAAUAAGGAUUCCGAGGAGCAAAACAAAGGAUCUACCAAAGACCCAUUUGAGGACAUUGAUAACAAGGAACAAAUUGAUAAAUUCCAAAAGUAUGAGGCUGAUUAUAAACGUUACCUGAUGUCAAAAUACUUCUCAGACAAAACUAUUUUUGGAGGCAAUAUAUUUGAUGUGAAGAUGAAUAUAGAUGGCCAGACCAUAACAGCAAGCAGGUUGCCUCCAUACCAGUCCUACUUAGAUCCAGCAAAUUUUGAUGAAUUGAACAACAAAGGUCCGACUGCAGCAGCAGCUGAGAUCCCUACAGGUAGCACUUCAAAUGGGAAGCCCUCAACAAACAAUAGUGGGAACUCCUAG